AUGUCGGAUUCUGAAUUCGAGCUGAGCGGCGAUAGCUCCGGCACCUAUGCUUUCGAGGAGUACAGCAGGGAGAAGCAGUCCUAUGGCAGGAUGUUAUUGCAGCAGCAUGGAGGAGGAAUACAGGGCCGAGGAGAUGCUAAGGCAGCGGGUGGCGGAGGCCCAGUGGCGGAGCCAGGCCGAGGAGAUGCUAAGGCAGCGCAUGGCGGAGGAAGACAGGAAGCUCAAGCAGAAGCAGGCCGAGGAGAUGUUAAGGCGGCGCAUGGAGGACGAGAAGAAGCUCAAGGAGGCAGCGACAGCAAGGUUGAGUUCAUCGACGACGUCACCAGCUACGUUCUCCGAAUCACCCUCCGAGGCUUCCAAAAGGAAGACUUUAGUUUGAACGUGGACGGCGGGGGCAAGCUCAGUGUGCACUCCAAGCUACCGGCCGCCGCCGGCCCAGGCUUCGGUAAGGAAUUUCGGCUGCCCUCCGACUCCGACACCAACCCUGAUGGCAUCGGUGCAAACUUCAACAACAUCGAGGGCGUGCUGACGGUCACCGUGCCCAAGGGCGUUUGGAUCGAAAAUGCCACCAACUACAUCCUCCGUAUCAACCUUGAAGGCUUUCGGAAGGACGACAUGACGGUGCAGAUGGAUGAUGCAGACAACAAGAUCUCCGUGCUCGCCCAAGGCCCGAUGGACGGUGGCCCACGCUUCUUUAAAGAGUACCCGCUGCCCUCCAAGGCCAUCCUCAACGACAUUCACGCCAACUUCGAAGCCGGUGUGCUCGCGGUCACCGCUCCCAAACGCCCUGCCGCCCCGACGCAGACCACCAUUGAGGAGGAGACUAGGAAGGCGGCCAAGGCCAAGAAACAUGGAGAAUCAACUCACGACCCAUUUGACUCGGAUGAAGAAGGAAAGUGGAUCGAAAAUGCCACCAACUACGUCCUCCGCAUCAAGCUCCAAGGCAUUUCCAAGGAAGACGUGAGGGUGCAAGGGAAUAUCAAGGGCGGGAUCACGGUGCGUGGCCACUUCCCCGACGGAGGCCCUUGCUUAUUCAACGAGUCGUUCCUGUUGCCCUCCACCGCCAGCCUCGCCUGCAUGAGUGCCAGCUUCGGUGCCAACAUUCUCACGGUCACUGUGCCCAAACGCACUCUCCCCACGCUGUCGCCGACCGCUGUGGAGAUCAGGAGGCCCAUGGCCAAGCCGCAGACAAAAGGACUGCCAGUUGACUGCACCAAACAGUUGCCCUCCAAAGACGACGCGGAGUAAGGCCCAAGAAAGUGGAUGCCUUCAAGAAAGUGCUAGAUGAGACCACGAGGAAGGCUCAAAGCAAGGAGCAGGAGGAGGAAGCUAGCAGAAACAAGCAAGAAGUGGCCGUGAGGAUCAAGGAAGAAAUGAUGCCAAUAGCGCCUCAGGAUCAGGCUACGGCUGGACCACCCAAGGCCAACGAGGUUGAUCAAGAGAGCCUCGUAGAGAGGGUGAUCGGGCGCUAGUGCUGUCGUUGCUUCAGUAGUCACAAGGUAUAGUUGAUCGAAAGAAAGCUUAAGACACAUCGUGUGAGUUCGUGACAGUUGGAAAGAGCAUGUAGCGGGAGAGCUCGAGAUGCGAGAAAACCGGUUCACCCAAAAGUUUGAACCGAUGAUGGAGAAACGUGUGGCUCCUCCUAGCUUAGACAUGGAUCAAAAGUGGACUGUAUUUUCUAAUUAUUCUAAAUUAUGUUAGCCAAGUCUUUUAUGCAAAACCUCUUGGUCUAUGAUACCAUGUAGGUUUAGUAUGCACCAAUCAGUUUACCCAAAAAUAAAAAAUAAAA